CUGACAGUUGUCCAACGAGCUUUUGAUGAUGCAGGGUUCAGUGGGAAUUUGAUAUUUAUGUGUUUUAUAAUAUUUAUAUUUCAUUGAUAAGAUGCUAGAGGAGGGCGAUCGAUAGUCGACAUCAUACGUUUUAAUUAGUGCGAACCUGACGAGGGUCUGCUGAAUUAUGGUAGAAGGAAGUCAUAUUUCCUGUAUUAUAUCACAAACAUAUUGUUAAUGAUCUUUAUAUCCUCUGUAUACCAAUAUAUACGGGCGUAUAACGAUUAGACAUUCCAUUAGAAAGGGGAGAAUCACAGACUAUAUGAUUCAUAGUUGUGUCAGCAAGUAAAAGGAAACAUGUCUGGCUUCAUCAGCAAACCUCUAAGUGGAUGGAUCCAUUCAGACAAGGUGAUCUCCAGGCAGGGAGCUUCAUAUGCUGUCAGAUACAUUGGUUGUUUGGAGGUGGUUGUGUCAAUGAGAGUAUUAGAUUUCCAGACUAGAUCGAAUGUUGCCAAGGUUUGCAUAAGUCGUGUUUGUGAGACUGCUGGCUUGAAAACUGCAGAUAAGAAGCAGAGGAUUGAUAAAAAGGUGUUAACAGCGAUUGCCGAGAAACCAAAAAUGCUUUCUGCAGGCACAAAUGUUAAUUUGAAUAUAUCCAGCACCAAUUUAACAUUAACAAGCCUUGAAACUGGUUCAGUGAUAGCUUGUCAUGACAUGCCUCGGAUAUCUUUUGCAUCUGGAGGGGACUUGGACACUCUAGAUUUUGUUGCUUAUAUAGCUAAAGACACAAAUGAUUGGAGAGCUUGCUAUGUGCUAGAAUGUGGUGGAGGCUUGGCCAAGGAUGUCAUAUCAACUAUAGGUCAAGCCUUUGAGUUGAGGUACAAGCAGUAUAUGAAGCCGGCCCUCUCCCUUAGUCAUACCGCUACUUCCAGCGGUGGUGAUGCCGACAAAGAUUACUACAACGAUCUCCCAGGCAAGGUGCCGCCGGAUUGCGGUCCUCCACCUGUCCCACCACUCCCAACCGUCGUUCCUCCCUUAAACACACUGCCUCUAGUACAAAGUCCAAAUCUUAUUGAUCUUAAUUCAGAACCACUGCAAGACACUAGGCACGAUUAUGUCAACGAUUGUAUAACAUCGUCCAGAGAACGCGACGUUUUCGAUAUGCAACCAUUCACACAUCAUCAUCAUCAUAUGCCUGUGCAAGGAAACGAUUUGGUAAAUGAGAUCUGGUACCAUGGACAAAUCAGCAGAGGUGAAGCAGAGAAAAGACUUCUGAAAGAUGGUGAUUUCUUAGUGCGCGAAUCACCAAACACAAAGGGGCAAUAUGUGUUGUCAGGGAUGCAAGAUAACAUGAAAAAACACUUGUUACUGAUCGAUCCCGAAGGAGUGGUUCGCACCAAGGAUCGAAUGUUCCAUAGUAUUAGCCACCUGAUCGACUUCCACUGCGAAAACUCGUUGCCCAUUAUUUCAGCUGAAAGUGCCCUAGUGUUGAGGAGCCCUGUUCUUAGGAUGAAUUAAAGUCAGUUUUCUUUUAUUUUUAUUAUUUUACUUUUGUUUUUGAUUGCUCUAAACAACGCUUUGCGACUAAGACAACGGUUUUCUUUGACAAGACAAGUCGUUCGAGCGUAUUGGUCUUCAAGACUGGAACUCUUCCAGAUCAAACGUUCUUAUAAAAAAUCAUUUAAUUUAUUUGUCUAUUAUUACAAACGCCUCGGAUACAAUAUAAAUAAAUGUACUUGACAAUUUAUACAAUAGUAUAUGUUGUACGAUAUAUUUUCACAAGGCAACAAAUUUAAUUUACUGAGUUAUCCAUGAAUACUACGCGACACUUGACAAGUAACGCGUAGUUUGUACUAUUAACCAAUUAAUACGUAAUAUUUGCGCUUAAUACAAAUAAAGUUUUGUUUUUAUUUUAAUUAUAAACAAUUUAAAAAAAAAUAAAUAAACAAAUACAUCUGCGACCAAUUUGCGGCAAGAAUGAAGAUGUAUUAGUAUAUUCAACCGGUUUAUUGACCAUAACUAAAGAAAUUGUUUAAUAUUUUUACAAUUCAAAUUUUUUUAUACAAAUCCUUGUUGGAAG